GCAGUUUCGCGGGAGAUCAGGCCAAAAAGCUCCUCCCACUGCCACUGGUCGAGCAAGACAAAUGAGUGAAGUGAAACGGAAGCGCCGCUCCGGGGCCGCGCGCCGUCCAGCUCUAGCGCGAGCGUUACCGCUCCGCCGCGACCCCCUAGCACGACAUGUGUCCUACCGGGCGGCGUCCCGUGUCCGCGCUUCCGAAGAUACCCCUCCCUCCGAGAGCAAAAGGGCGGAUUAUUUCAGUUGCAAGAGAGGAACAGCGCGGAACAGCGCAGCACCCAACAUCAAUGACUUCCACCAUCGUCGUUCUUCUCUGACGAGCGCCGGAGCACCAAGCGACGAACCAGUCCGUGUGGAAGCCACGCUGUGACCAAGUGACCACUUCGUGGCUUUGGCCGCGGCGAUGGAGGCCUACUCGAGGGACCUGCUGCCUGGCACCGGCGGUGGAGACGAUGGCGAGCACAGGGUGCAGCGGUUGGAUUCGCGGACCGAGGAGCCCGCGGCACAAGGAACUCCUAGCGCUCAAGGGCGGAGCCUGUCAUCAGCUGUUGUGUCCUCGUCUCAGGGUACAAAUGGUGUGCACCAGGCCGAGGGUGCUAACAACACCGUCAUGGAAACCGCUUCUUCUCCAGCACCAGCGGUAAGAGCGGCAACCCUUGGUUCUGGGGGAGGGCAGCAAGAUGAUUCAGGGAUGUCGAAGGUGCGGGAGAUUCCAUUGGUGUCUACCAGCGGGCUCCCUAAUGGCAGGAGGAUUGUAGGCUUGCUGUACGAGUACAGUAAAGUUGAUGAGGUGACGAUUUUGUGUAUGUGCCAUGGUAGCUUCCUGACUCCGGCGGAGUUUGUGGAGCAUGCUAGAGGCGGUCAGGUCGCCAACCCGUUGAGGAGCAUCUUCGUCAUGCCCCCGCCUUGGCUUUGACUAGCAUCGCCCAAGUGUUCCGCGUGUGGCCUCAACGUUAAGCUUAGCUUGGAACUAGAAAUCUCAUUGUGAGAUUGUAUCUGUGUUUCAGACUUUACAUUACAAUACUUAUUAUCCAGAACUGUAGACAUGGUGGGAGAUUUGGUCAUGCAGACAAUUAAAUAACAACAUAAUACCAAAUGAACAUUACUUGUUGUU